AUGCGGAGAGCUACAUCAAGGGCAUCCGCCUCUUCUUCGGCGACGAGGUCCAGUCCUGGAGCCGCAAGUACAGCAAGGCGCAUCCCAUCGGGCCCUACCACGCUCGCCGUCACGCGCUCCGUCAUCCACACGGGCCACCGCAUGCUCUACACGCGGUCCGCUGCCAACACUUUCGGCGUGCUCGAGACGCCCUCUAACAUUCCCGGGCACCUCCUCCACGGCCACGACGUGCCGGGCGUGCACGGCACGAGCGACCGCAAUCUGUUCGCACACCUCGGGCGAGCGGUUCCUCCGAGUCGCGAGUUCUACCCGCGCCCCGAGGUUAGCUGGGACAAAUUCGGCAAUGACACGCUUGACGAGGAUGUCCAGUGGGAGCUUGUCAUGGUGUUAUCCCUACCGUGCACUUGA